UUCCUCUUCCCCUUAAAUCUCUUCAAAGAAAAUCUUAUUUCCCUUAAACCUCUUCAAAGAAAAAUUGACGGCGCGAAAUCAAGUGCGUAAGCGUAAGCGACUUCACCUAUCGUUUUUUUUUUUUUGGCCGAGUUACUUCACCUUUCGUUUUCACUUCCCAAUUUCUUCUCUGCGAAUUUUCGCGCCUAAAAAACACCCAAUUCUGCAUCCAUUCCUUCCUUCAUACUCGCUGUUCUUGCCUCUGAUUUUGCACCUUCUCCAAUUUUCUCAGCGGCCUCAUUCUUGCAAAACUGAUUUCAGUGAUUAGGAGGUUUCAAAAUAGAAAUGACUGGAAUGAUAGAUCGUUUAGAGCUUUCCGUCAGAGGCAGUUUAACUACCAUGACCAAGUUCCUCAUAAGAUUGGUGGAGGCAAAACAGGUAAUAAAUAUAUGAAGACAAAAUGAUGGGUUAAGAAGACCCAUGGAAUCAUCUAAACAUUAUAUUAAUUCUCCAUGGCCAGCUGUGACAUAUGAUAUAAUGGCACCAUCACCUGUGGUGGGGUCUAGUUUCAAGCUUGUAUAUCAGCAAAUCUUAGCCUCACAGGCACAAUUAUUGGAAGGCAAAGAAUAUCAUAAGAUUCAAAAUCCUACUGUAGAAACAAAUGAUCAUCCACAUGCCCCUGCAGAUUCUAAUAUUUACACCCAACCAGAAGAUGUGAGUUCUGAUUCUGCAGCAAGAGAACUAAGACCACCAAAAGUGGGAUACUGUAAAAUUUGUGAGGUUCAUCUACCCUAUUGCAAAACAUUGGAAAUGCAUAACCAAGAAAAUAGUCAUCAAAGAAUGUUGAAACUAUAUGAGGAAAUACAGAGACUAAAAACUUCAGGUUCCAGUACUAACACCCAAACUACAGAUGAAUGUUCUAAAGCUGAACAAAGGAUAGAUAUUCUCACCCAUCAGUCAGGGACAACUCAGCUGUCUCAGGUAGCUGUUUGUCUUCAGUGUGGCAAUGCAGGGUUUCCGGAGACACUUGUGUUUUGCAACAAGUGUCAGGUAUAUGCACUUCAUAGAACUGUCUUUGGUUGAACUUCUCUAAAUUUUCUUGAGAAUUUGGAAUCUGUCCUUCUCUAAUUAGUAAUUCUUUAUGUAGACUCAACUUUUUUCGAUGGUUCUUCCCAUUAUGAUGUGCUUCCACAUUGUUUUGACUACCCACAGUAACCUCACAAAUUUUACAAUAUACCCCUGGUUGUGGCUAUUCCUACCAUAGGACCUAUUGUAAAAUUUGUGAGGAAUAGCCACAACUUGGGGUAUAUUGUAAAAUUUGUCAAGUUAGUGUUGGUAGUUAAAACAACAUGGAAGCACAUAAUAAUGGGAAGAACCAUCGAAUAAAGUUGAGGCUACAUGAGGAAUUAAGUGAGACCAAUAAUUGAGAUGGACAGAUCCCAAAUUCUCAAGAGAAUUUUUAGAAGCAAAUAUGCUAUGAAGUUUUGAUGAUGCCAAAGAAACGCGCUUCUCAUGUUUGAUCCAAGACUCCAAGAAAUCCAAGAUAAAUGAUGAAAGAGAGAAUCGCGAGUGAUCUUCAAUUGUAAUAUCUUUCUUUGAAAGAGAGAAUUCUUCUUCUUCCUCUUCUUAUUCAAAGAGAUUGGUUAAGAGACCGAGAGUUGUAAGGAAUUCUGAACACAAGGGAAGGGUUGUCCC